AAAGUGGCGACGCAAUCGGUCUUGUGAAAUAAAACCCCCCGCGAUGUCGCAACUCACUCAAUGAUCUUUCUUUCUUUACAUUUCACAUCAUCAUGUCUACUCCCAAGGGUCCAUUCCGUCUCGUCACCGUCAACACAGCGCCCGAGCGCGCGAAGCGUCUCAUCGGCCGUGUCGCGGAGGCUCUGAAGGACCAGUACACUAUUAUCCACGUGGAUAACUGCGACAAGAUCGACGAGGUCGAGGCCAAGGUCAAGGAGCACCAGCCGGACGUUCUGUUCAGUGCCUCCAUGUGGACCGACGAGGAGGCCAAGCAGAUCCACGACAUUGCCCGCUCCAUCGUCCCCAACAUCAAGUUGCACGCCAUCCCUACCGGCCUGCAGGUCGAGCGUGGCCCGGAUGCCAUUGUCGAGUACCUCUGCGAGAAGGUCCCCCCGCUGCUGGACAGCUAGAUGACAGACAUUUCAUAAAUUUAUAGAGAGAUGCGAUUGAUGUAUAUUUGUUGUGAAUACCAUGUCUGAUGAUUUAGAGGAGCUUCUCAAAAAAAAAAAAUUAC